GUCGGAGCGCUCUCUGGGAGGGAGUCCGGUUUAGACACCGCUGGGAGAAUGAGACUCCCGGGAGAUUGAACCGAGACCGGGGCCUGCGGACAGUCCGAACUGAGAACUGAGUGACCAUGGAGGAGGAGGAGGCGGUGCUGGACACCCAGCCUGAAAUGGCAUUAUGGUCUACAGAAGUAGCCAGGAUGAGUCCACAGAAACCUCCUAUUCGCCCGGGAAUUGCAUUUGAAAUUGGUGCAAGAUUAGAAGCUCAAGACUACUUACAAAAGUGGUACACAUCAAAAAUUGAAAAGAUAGACUAUGAGGCGGGGAAGGUGUUAAUUCAUUUUGAGCGCUGGAGUAGUCGAUAUGAUGAGUGGAUACAUUGGGACAGCACCCGGAUCCGUCCUCUCGAGAAACCUGCCUUACGAAAAGAAGGGUUAAAAGAAGAAGAAGAAGAAGAAAACUAUGAUUUUAAAGAAGGAGAUGAAGUGCUGGCUCGCUGGACGGAUUGUCGCUAUUACCCAGCCAAGAUCGAGACCAUUAAUACGGAAGGAACCUACACGGUGCAGUUUUAUGAUGGAGUUAUCCGAUGCCUGAAGAAAAUGCACAUUAAAUACAUGCCGGAAGAUGCAAAAGGCCAGGAUUGGAUCGCACUCGUUAAAGCUGCCGCUGCCGCUGGUGCUGUGAAAAGUAAAUCCGGGAACAAACCCAGGACAAGCGCAAACAGCAAUAAAGACAAAGAAGAGCGGAAACUGAGUAAAGGACUUGCCAAGAAAGAAGAGCCAUUCACCUGCAAACCCAUAGAUUUUAUCCAAAAAGAGGAGGAAAAGCCAACUUCUAGCCGAACCCUUGAUGUUCCAAAGAUACCUCUACAGCAACGAGAAGAUGAGCUUUUAUUAAAGAGGAAAAUAAGUCAAGCCAGUUUGUUUCAAGCAAAAAGAGCCCGACUGAACAAAAUAACAGGGUUGCUGGCUUCAAAAGCCGUUGAGUUGGAUGACGCGGAAAAGAAGGAGCAUGCUGCCGAAAUGACUUCAAGGCUGGAGGAGGAGAUUUCUCCCAAACCUCAGAGUCAGAAACAAAAUGAAGCUGGUGUUUGCCAUGAUGGCAUCACAUUGAAACCCUCGCUGAUCCCGACAGCUUUGUCUCCGUCAGGGAAGGCUCGUACCAAGAAAGACAGACGUGAACCUGGGGACGUCUCCGGGUGUAAAAAAUCCCCAGUACCCCUUAUAUCUCCAGACUUAACGCAAGGUGUGACACAGCCCACGAAUCUCUCUAGGUCUUCCGGACACAACAAUCGCCGAAGGCGAUCAGGACGACUAUCUACCCCUGUGGCUGAAACCCCCUGUCCUUCUGUGAGUGACGGAAAAGGAAUGACAAGUUAUCCUCAGACGUCACAAGAUCUUUCAGUAGCCAAGGUACCUGAUGUUGCCUAUAUACCACCAGAGAAGCCUGAACCUCUUGAUCUAAGGCGUAGUGUGGAGCAUACAACACCUUUAGUCCCAGAGUCCAGUUCUCUCAUUGACAGUCCCCAUAAAGAAAAGGAAAAUAUUCAAAUAACCUAUUCUUCCAAAGCUGUAGCUGAUGGCAGGAUAGCUUCAACUUCUUCAGCACCACUGGCCCCGGUUCAUGUCCCACCUGUGGAGAUGACCUCAACCAACAACCUAAAGAUAUCCAAGGGGGGUAAAAAGAAGAGACCGUCUGUUUCUAUAAGUUCAGAGGUGACCGAGACAGUAAUUCCUCCCAUAGGAAUAGACAAACUCUCUGAAAAUUUGCAAGAAAAAAUAAUAAAGAAAGUGAACGAGAAGGACAAGCAUUCAGAAGUUGGAGUUAUAAAAUCAGAAAAGAAAAUAAAAGAAGAGGAAAAAAUCUCUCUCGGUAAAAAGAAAGAAAAAGACAAGGAUAAAAAAGACAAAAAGGAAAAAGAUCACAUCAAAUCAAAGCAAAAAAAGAAGAAAAAGAAAAAGAAGAAAGCCAAAUCACAAGAAUGUUCAGAUUAUGAGGACAAUUCUUUGGACAUUUUGGAGCGCUGCAGCUCUCCUUUAACACAUUCAUCCUGUAGCACUUUAUCUCUGCGAAAUCCCUUGCCUAUAAAGAAUACCUCAUCUUUGUUCCCUCGUGCCAUCUUGUCAGUUGAUCUAACCGGAGAGAACUUAUCUGACAUGGACUUACUAGAUGACUCUUCAACUGAAAGUUUGAUACUAAGUGGAGAUGAGUACAAUCAGGAGUUUGAUUCAACGAACUUUGAAGAGUCCCAGGAUGAGGAAGAUGCUAUCAAUGAAAUUGUCAGGUGCAUUUGUGAAAUGGAUGAAGAGAAUGGUUUCAUGAUUCAGUGUGAAGAGUGUCUGUGCUGGCAGCACAGUGUGUGCAUGGGGCUCCUUGAAGACAGUAUUCCAGAGCAGUAUAUCUGUUAUGUUUGCAAUAAUCCUCCAGGUCAGAGGUGGAGUGCAAAAUACAAAUACGACAAAGAUUGGUUUAACAAUGGGCGUUUGUGCGGUCUGUCUUUCAUAAAUGAAAACUACUCGUAUAUAAACUCUAAAAAGAUUGUUUCCACUCACCACCUCUUGGCAGAUGUUUAUGGGGUGGCAGAGAUCCUGCAUGGAUUACAGCUGAAAAUCGGCAUACUAAAGAACAAAGAGCACCCGGACCUUCGAUUUUGGGCCUGCCCGGGAACAAACCGAGAUGAAGGUCACCAGGUGAAUGACAGGAGAAUACUGGCUUCCUGUGAGGCUGUUAAUUCAUGCGGGGAAAAUCGCAAGGGGUUACCCAAUGCCCUUCGGAAAUCAGGAGAUACAUAUAUAGCAAGUGAGCACAGCUACCAGAAACCGCAGGGUUCAGGACAGGCACUCAAAUCAUCGAAUAAUGCUGCAAACUCGGACAACAAGGAUGGGUUGCACCUUGAGACUGAAAAGUGUGAAUUCCACUUAGACGCCCAAAGAAGUUUACAGGUCCCACCACGGAAUGAGCACGGGAACGAGCAGAAUUCAAUCGGAGAAAAUACAGUCCAGACAUGUCAUGAGAAGAGGGGAACCGAGGACCAGCUGGAGUCGCACCUCCAGUGGCAGCUAAAUCUCCUGGCCCACAUAGAGAACGUGCAGAAUGAAGUCACCAGCAGAAUGGACCUCAUUGAAAAAGAAGUAGAUGUUUUAGAGAGUUGGCUGGAUUUCACUGGAGAGUUGGAACCCCCAGAUCCACUUGCAAGACUGCCUCAGCUAAAGAAACGCAUCAAACAGCUUUUAACGGACAUGAACAAAGUGCAGCAAAUAGCCACGCUGUGCUCCGUAUGACGAAAGCAGAUGAAUGUCAGCGCUAUUUUCUUACUUAGGAUACAAAAAAAACAAACAUUUGUACAGGUUUUAUG